AUGGCGACGAACAGUAACCAGAAAAACAAGUGCAAGUUAUGGAGUAAUAAGUUGUACCAAAGAGUAUAUUACGUGAAGAAGGACCAGCAUCUGGAAUGGAUGACACUGAGCAGAGUGUCUGAGUCCUCUCAUUCGUAUAGCUAUGUAAAGAGUCAGCAUGCAGUUCAUUAUGGAUAUUUUUCGGAGGUCCGAGAAUGGGUUAUCGAGCUCGAGAAUGUUGCAAUUGCAGAAGAUGCACCAGAGGCGGUUUUGAUUCGCGAAGUCGGGGCGGAUAGGCGUCGGGGAUUUAAGGAAGGAUUUGACAUGGGUGAGCUUGGACUGGAAGCGCGUAAGGAGCGUGGCGAGCGAAGCUUUGUGAGUAGGGAAGUAAUUGUGGCGGCGACCCUGGUUAUGGUUUAA